CCCCAUCAUUUGUGUCAGUGUGUGAGGAAUAGUGUCCCAUCAUUAGUGUCAGUGGGAGGAAUAGUACUCCAUCAUUGGUGUCAGUGGGAGAAAUGGUGCCCCAUCAUUGGUGUCAGUGGGAAGAAUCGUGCCCCAUCAUUGGUGUCAGUGGGAGGAAUAGUGUCCCAUCAUUGGUGUUGGUUGGGAGGAAUAGCACCCCAUCAUUGGUGUCAGUGGGAGGAAUCGUGCCCCAUCAUUGGUAUCAGUGGCAGGAAUAGUGCCCCAUCAUUGGUAUCAGUGGCAGGAAUCGUGCCCCAUCAUUGGUAUCAGUGGCAGGAAUAGUGCCCCAUCAUUGGUGUCAGGGGGAGGAAUAGUGCCCCAUCAUUGGUGUCAGGGGGAAGAAUAGUGCCCCAUCAUUGGUAUCAGUGGGAGGAAUAGUGGCCCAUCAUUGGUGUCAGUUGGAGGAAUAGUGCCCCAUCAUUAGUAUCAGUGGAGGGAAUAGUGCCCCAUCGUUGGUGUCAGUGGGGGGGA